AGGCUGUUAUUGAGAGCUUGUCAAGGAAGUGCAGUGACAUUUCUUUCAGGAACCUGGAAGUGUUGGGUCUGAUCAGAGCUGUUACUACCCCGAGAGAAACGUUUUAUCCAGGUUCCAGGGCUACUGCCAUCAUGUCCAGAGACACAAAGACAACAAUGGGCGAGGAGAUUAUGGAGUCCAAGGUAAUGUGGUACCCAGACUCCAAGAAGAAUACCCAGAUGGACAAAUUCAGGUCAGAGGUGAACAGAGAUUUUGGAUUGCAACUGGCGAACUACAGUGAGCUGUACCAGUGGUCUGUGGAGAACUACCCUGAGUUCUGGGCGGAGGUGUGGCGGUUCUGUGGCAUUGUGUGCUCUCGCAUGUAUGAGGAGGUGGUUGACCGGACAAAGAGAAUCUCUGACGUUCCUGAAUGGUUCAGAGGCAGCCAGCUAAACUACGCCGAGAAUCUUCUGAAGCACAAAGAUCAGGACAAAAUAGCUCUGUAUGCAGCAAGGGAAGCGAAGGAGGAGAUCACCAAGGUGACGUUCAGGGAGCUGAGGCGGGACGUCGCACUGUACGCUGCUGCCAUGAGGAAGAUGGGGGUGAAGACGGGGGACAGAGUGGUCGGUUAUCUACCCAACAGCAUUGAGGCUGUGGAGGCCAUGCUGGCAGCUGCGAGUAUCGGAGCCAUCUGGAGCUCCACUUCACCCGACUUCGGGGUCAAUGGAGUCCUGGAUCGGUUCUCCCAGAUCCAGCCCAAACUCAUCUUCUCCGUCUCUUCGGUUGUGUACAACGGCAAGGAACACGACCACAUGGAGAAACUCCAGAGCGUAGUCAAAGGGUUACCUGACCUGAAGAAGGUGGUAGUGAUCCCGUAUGUCCGUUCAAGAGACGCUACAGAUCUGUCCAGAAUCCCGAACAGUGUGUUCCUGGAAGACUUCUUGGCGAUGGGAAAAGAAGGAGACCAGGAUCCACAGCUGGAGUUCGAACAGCUGCCCUUCAGUCACCCUCUCUUCAUCAUGUACUCCUCAGGAACAACCGGGGCACCUAAAUGCAUGGUCCAUUCUGCAGGGGGCACCCUCAUUCAGCAUCUGAAGGAACACAUUCUCCAUGGCAACAUGAGCAGCAGUGAUGUCAUCAUUUACUACACCACUACGGGCUGGAUGAUGUGGAACUGGUUGAUGUCUUCUCUUGCCACCGGCUCCUCUGUGGUGUUGUACGAUGGCUCUCCGCUAGUGCCGACUCCCAACGUGCUGUGGGACUUGAUCGACAGACUAGGAAUAACUAUUUUUGGGACCGGGGCUAAGUGGUUGUCUGUACUGGAGGAAAGGAACCUGAAACCAGCUGAAACCCAUAACCUGCACACACUCCACACCAUCCUGUCCACUGGCUCUCCCCUCAAACCUCAGAGCUACGAAUACGUCUACAAAGACAUCAAGAGUAACAUCCUGCUGGGGUCCAUCUCAGGUGGAACAGAUAUUGUUUCCUGUUUCAUGGGGCAGAACUUCACAAUUCCCGUGCACAAAGGAGAAAUCCAAGCCAGGAAUCUGGGAAUGGCGGUGGAAGCCUGGGACGAUGAAGGGAAGCCCGUGUGGGGAGAAAGUGGAGAGCUGGUAUGUCAGAAGCCCAUUCCUUGCCAGCCAACCCACUUUUGGAAUGACGAGAAUGGAAGCAAGUACCACAAAGCCUACUUCUCCACCUUCCCAGGUGUUUGGGCCCAUGGGGACUACUGCAAAAUCAACCCUCAGACAGGAGGCCUUGUGAUGCUGGGGAGAAGUGAUGGUACUCUGAACCCCAAUGGUGUAAGAUUUGGGAGCUCUGAAAUCUACAACAUUGUGGAAGCUUUCGAGGAAGUGUCCGACAGUCUCUGCGUCCCCCAGUACAACAAAGACGGUGAGGAGAGAGUGAUCCUCUUUCUAAAGAUGGCACCCAAGCAAAUCUUCGGGCCGGAGCUGGUGAAGAAGAUUCGAGACGCCAUCCGGGUGGCACUGUCGGCACGUCACAUCCCCGCACUCAUCCUGGAGACCAAAGACAUUCCGUACACGAUAAGUGGGAAGAAGGUGGAAGUCGCAGUCAAGCAAAUCGUGGCUGGAAAAGAAGUUACCCAGCGUGGUGCAUUUUCCAACCCCGGCUCACUGGACCUGUACAAGAAUCUCCCAGAGCUGCAGAACUUCUAAAGACAGCCGUCUGGAACAGAAUAUAAGAGAUGAAGGGGGGUCGCUCGGGGGGGAGGGGGGAGGGGGGGUGAAGCAGAGUCUCAUUUCAGCGACCGUGGCAUCGCUUGUGUCCUGUAGUGAGGAAUCACUAAAGAUACCUUUCUGUGAAGGUAGACGUGGUUUUGUCUGAUACCAUGGUAAUAAGUCACGACGCAUACUGGACUGCUUUUCACAGGGUUCCAUUUUACCAAAAUGUUUUGAACAGCUCAGCUGUCGAUGUGUUUGGUUCUUUUCCACCCGAGCCCCAGUCGAAAGCAGACCUGUGCACCACAUGUAAUUCUACUCUCUACUCGCUCUGAGAGCCGUGUCUGUUCCUGCAGGUAGAGAGAUUCGAAGCAAAGGCCAUUCGUGCAGCUAAGCCACCGUUUGAAUGUGACGGGGGCAGUUUGAGGGUUUGUUUGAGAAAAGCGUCCAUGACUUCAGAUCCUCCUGUGUGGACGCUAGGUGAGGCACACAAAGCCACAGUGGGGGUACAUCUCAGCAGGGCUGUUUUUGCCUUUUCACAUAUGGGUAGUUUCUAAACUAACCCAACUGAGUUCACUUGGAAACACUGGAGGAAAAGAAGUUGGUUCCAAAACAAAAAAAACCCUGAAAACGAUUAAAGACUCAACCUGGUCUUAGACUACCCCAUGUCUGCUUCAGAACGCACGUGUAUUUUUAUAUAUAUAUAUAUAUAUAUAUAUAUAUAUAUAUAUAUAUAUAUACACAGUACAUUUACUAUAUAUAUAUAUAUAUAUAUAUAUAUGUAUUGGUAACUUUUGUCUGGAAAAGGGAGAUACGAUGCUAUAGCUAUAAUAAAGGCAUUCAUUUUGUUGUGCUUUUAAGAUACCAAGAAACUGUAUUUGUACAUUGAUUAUUUUGCCCAGGUUGCACAGCAAAGUUUUGUGUCCAUUCCCAGACCGUCAGAGAAGCCAUUGUGUUGUACAGUUUAGUGAAUGUUAAGUGUUAAAAUUGCAAUCUUAUGUGCUCAUGUUGGUUGUGUGACUUUAAGCUGUGAUAAGUGUAUUAGUCAUCAUUUCUUUCUUUUUAUUUUUUUAAAUCUUUAAUAAAUUGGUUCUUUUUAAUGCAAAGGCAAUAUCUUUUAGCAAGCCAAUAGAUUCCUAAUUUGAGUAUGCCGUUGCGUUACGCUACAAUUGAAAAAGCAGUAAUAGCUGUGUUGGCCUCCUCCUGAGCUUAGUACUGCCCUGCCUGUAAAUCCUGUAUUUAUUAGUACAUGUAAAUCAGAAAAUAGUCAGACAGAAGUGCUUAGUUCCUUCGUUAAGCUGUGAAUUCACUGUCCUCACUGGAGGCUUAUAGUGGGUAUGCAAAGGGUUAAACAAGUCUUGCUGAUGUACCUUUAAGACCACUGGACACAGUAUUGAUCCACUUCUGUCCUCUACAUGCUGUACUAGAGCCAGUCUGGUGAAACUAGCCUCUUAUGAUAGGUGUGCUUGUGUUACACCGACUUUUAAUUCAGAGGUCCCUGUUGUUGCCUCUAACUUGCUAAGCAGUCCAAGUAGUUUGACCGUGUGUCUUUGAUUCCUGAUUCCAGAUUAACCUUGUGACACUUCUACGGCAUGGUGUAGCUAGCAGAGGUGAAAGGUCACACUGUCACAUGAUUCCACUUGAACAGGGAACCGUGGGCACCUAGCACUUGCUUAUUUUGAUGCAAGUGUGUAGGCAAAGGUGCAUUUUCAGCUGAGUGUAAAUUUAUCAAGGAAACCCGUUCAAAUGGAUUAUUUACUGGCUUCAUCCCCUUAAAACCUGCGUGUCAGCUCUGCACAGCUAUCGUACGUUCAAGCCUUGUGAUGGUGCUGCGUUUGUCAGGGUCCUGUCAUAGUGUUCUACAGCGUAGCAGCUUCUGCAUGCGGAGGUGCCAGGGCAUGUGUGGAGCAUCCAUCCCUUCUGCUCAAUUCCAUCCUUCUGCAACAGAGCGCUAUGAAUCGGGUGCACACAGGUAAUGUUGUUCAAUGUCUACAUUAUUUUUCAUUUAUUGUUGAGCAUCCAAAGUAAUGUUUGUUUUAAACUGGUCGUUUUUAUUACAAUUGUUACUGGUUUUUUUUUUGUACUUGUUUCUAUUUAAAGUAAAAACCUAAACGUCACUGUUGUACAUGACACUUCUCAAGAGUGGAAGUUCAUGAGUCUAAAUAAAUGUACAUAUGCUAGAUACCUGUUUACAGAGGCAAUAAAGUGAUUACAACCUCUUGA